UUUUACUUUUUGGCAGUCGUCGGUGGCGAAGCAGACAGCGCGCAACAAGAUUCUGUUCAAUCGGCAAAAACGCGUUUGUUUUCCGCACACUUUUCGGUUUCGCAUAGGAAAGUGCAAAUUUCGUCCACCGUUGUCCCUAAUCUAAUUAGUCUCAUGAUGGCGAACGAAACGGCUGCAAAAUCAACGAAAUCCUCCCCCACCCCCGCAGUGGAGCCGGAAUCCAAACUGAAGAUCCUGGCCCUGCACGGCUACCGGCAAAACGGCGACGGGUUCAAAUCCAAACUCGGCUCCUUCCGGAAGUUCAUCGGCAAACAUGCCGAGUUGGUGUUCGUAACGGCACCACACAUUGCCCCACCCCUGCCGGACAGCGAAGCGGGGACGGAACCUGAUCCGGCCCAACGCAGCUGGUGGUUCAACAAGGACGACGGCACCUUCAAGGGAACGAACAAAAAUGGCCCGGCCAUCGGAUUCGAGGACAGUCUCAAGCUGGUGGAGAAGGUCUGGAAGCAGGAGCAGUGCUGUGGAUUGCUUGGAUUCUCGCAGGGCGCUUGCUUCGUGGGGCUGCUGUGCGAUUUGAGUGCCCGGGGGAUGACGUCGAUCAAACCGGAAUUCGCCGUGCUUUCGUCCGGCUUCCGGUCGGGGAGUUUAGUGCAUCUCAAUUGCUACGAAACCAAGGUGCAGAUUCCGUCGCUGCACAUCUACGGCGAGGCGGACGAGAUUAUUCCCAAAGAAAUGAGCAUGGCCCUGGCGGACACCUUCACCGACCCGCAGAUACUCACCCAUCCGGGUGGGCACUUUUUGCCGGCCCAGGCCAGCCAGAAGCAAACCUACGUAGAGUUCUUCCGCGAGCGGUUGCAGUUCCAUCUGGAAGCGCAGGAGAUCGAGAAUGCCACCGCCGCCAACAGCAUUCUGGUGGACGACAGUGGGCCCGCUGGGAAUGGCGUGCACGACGAUGAUGAUGAUGAUGACGAUUCGGAUUAGGAAGACGGUGGAUGGGAUUGUAAAAUACAGUUAUGUUCGCUCUUUGGUAA